AUGCAGCAGGAGGGGGAACUGCCAACGGAGGAGGAGAUUCCUUCGAAGAUUCAGAUGAAGAAGACCAGGUGCGAAGAGGCUUUGCAACAGCAGGAGGAUGAACUGAAGCAGCAGGGGGAGCAUUGGAAGGAGUUGCAACGCACAACUUUUCUCAAGCUUAAAGAAUUUAUUGAUUUCUUUAAGGGUAUCUUUGUUGGAACUGAUAAUGGUGUGGAAUAUAAUUGUGCUCACUUAUUUCCUCAAAAAAUCUCUCAAGAGGACUCGGAGAUCCUUCUUAGCUGCCCUAGUGCAGAUGAAAUCAAAAGAGCUCUCUUUGCCAUGAAUAACCAUAAGGCUCCGGGUCCCGAUGGAAUGUCUGUUCUUUUCUAUAAACAUUAUUGGGAGUCUGUUGGAGUUGACUUUUGUGAGGCGGUCUCAGAUUUUUUCAUUUCUGGGAAUAUGCAUAGAGGGAUAAAUGCCACCAAUGUUGUCCUUAUUCCUAAGAUUCUAGCGAACAAGAUAAAACCCCUUCUCCCUUCACUUAUCUGUCCAACCCAAGCGGCCUUUGUUCCGGGGCGGAAUAUCCAUGACAACAAUGUUAUAGUCCAAGAAAUCAUUCACUCGUUCAAUAGAAAGAAAGGCAAGGAGGGUCUCUUCGCUAUAAAAAUUGAUCUAGUCAAAGCUUAUGAUAAGUUGAGCUGGAGAUUUAUUGAUCAUGUCUUGGGUUGCUACGGAAUCCCCCAAAAAUUCCGGCUUUGGAUUUCUCAGUGCGUCUCCACUUCUUCUUUAAAUAUCUGCCUUAAUGGGGGUCAGGUUGGAAGGAUUAACCCGUCUUGUGGUAUUCGACAGGGCGAUCCCCUUUCCCCUUAUCUUUUCAUUUGGGCAGCUGAAGUCCUUUCACGAUUAUUUAAUGAUGCCCUUGAUCAGGGGUCUAUUAAGGGAGUUAAGCUAAGUAGAGGUGGACCCGUUCUCUCUCAUAUUUUCUUUGCGGAUGACCUAAUUCUGGUUGGUCGAGCUAAUUUACGUGAGGUGAAUGGAUUCUGGAGAUGCUUAGAGAAUUUUUGCUCGUGGUCUGGUCAACAGGUGAAUAAGCUCAAAACGUCUAUUUUCUUUAGUAAAAAUACCCCUUUAAGACGGCGAGAAGAAAUCAAGGAAGCUUUGGGAAUUGAUUAUCCUGAAGGAUGCAUUAAAUACUUGGGCCUGCCCCUGUUUAGAUCCAGACAAAAGGAUGGUGAUUUCAACUUUAUCCUUGACAACCUUACCGCAAAGCUUCAGGGUUGGAAGGCUAAAACUCUAUCCAAAGCAGGCCGAGCUACUCUGAUUAAGUCAGUGGGCUUGGCCAUGCCUAUGUAUGCGAUGCAAACUUCGAAACUCUCUACUAGAAUGGUAAACAAAAUUGAUGGAAUGGUUAGAGAUUUUUGGUGGGGUUUUGAGAAACGAAAUCACGGUAUUCAUCUUAAGGCUUGGGAUAAACUUUGUCUUCCUAAAUCUUUGGGUGGUCUUGGAUUCAGGAAAACUAAGGAGAUGAAUCAGGCAUUUCUGGCAAAAUGGGGUUGGAAUAUCUUGAAUGGAAGCCAAUCUUUGUGUUGUCGAGUUCUUAAAGCCAAAUACCUCAAAGGGAAAGAUUUCCUUAGCUGCAGAUACAAAGAUUCAGAUUCUUGGUUUUGGAAGAGUGUGGUGAAGGCAACAUCCAUUCUGAGGAAAGGAGCUUGUAAGUUGGUUGCUAAUGGGGAGAACACGAAGAUCUGGGGUGAUCCCUGGAUUCCGCAUAGAAAAGGGUUCCACCCGAAACCACUCCAGGGUAACCCUUCCAACCUGAACUGUGUGGCUGACCUUAUGCUAAGUAAUGGGAAGUGGGAUAUUCAAAAGCUGCGAAGCAUAUUUGACUGUGAAACGGUCUCAGACAUUCUUAAAGGAGGCAAUCCCUCUGGGAUUGGUACCGAUAGAUGGGUUUGGACGCUUGAAAGGAAGGGGUGUUUCUCCACUAAAUCGGCGUAUCUGGCCCAAGCUUUGGAAAGAGCUCCUCACUGUGAGGUUGCUCCGAAACUCUGGAAUAAGCUUUGGAAUAGCAAAAUUCUAGAGCGUCACAAGGUUCUGUGGUGGAGCAUCCUUUCGAAUGCCCUCCCUGUUCGAGCGGUUAUUGGAAAUAGAUUCCACAUAGAGGAUACUAGCUGCCCUUUAUGUGGAAUGGGGGAGGAAUCCUUUGAACAUCUUUUCCUAUCCUGUGAUUUAGCUUUUCAUCUUUGGCGAUCUUCUCCCUGGGGCAUUUUCCCAGUGUGUGAUAUUGGCAUCCGUGUUUGGGACUGGGUCAAGUUUAUCUGGGAUUUAAAUAAAAGAGGGAUCGAAGCUAACGAUGUUUUCUUGUAUGCCUCGAUUGUGGUGGAUACUAUUUGGAGAGUGCGAAAUGAGAAGGUCCAUAAUAACUGUUCUCCUGACAUAAUAAAAUGUAUUGAUAAUAUUUGUACUUCUUAUGCAGAUUAUCAUGCUUCUUUGCUGCCUAGUCCCAGUCUUGAUCUAACAGAAGCUUGGUCCCCUCCUCCUCCGGAGUGGAUUAAGUUGAAUUGCGAUGUCAAAGUGGGACUCAAUAGUAUGUGCAUUGCUGUUGUGGCAAGGAAUCAUCUUGGCAGUGUGAUUAGAGUUCAGACGGCUCGGGAAGACUUCUCGGAUGCUCUGUGCGGAGAAGCUGCGGCCUGCUGCUUAGCUGUGUCUGUUGCUUUAGAUAUCAGAUCCAAAUUUGCUAUAGUGGAGAAUGACUCGAGGAUGGUUAUCAACGCACUUAAUGGGAUUGACUCUCAUUGGGCUAUUGAAAACUAUGUCUCUUUUUGUACUAAUUCUUCUCCUUUAUUUAUUAGUUGUAAUUUUUCUUAUGUUCGCAGAACUUGUAACUUUGCCGCUCAUAAUGUGGCUAGAUGGGCAUAUGCUCAUAAGGUGUCUCUUUCGAGUCUCCUGCUUGAAGCUCCAAGCCGCGAUCGGCAGUCCAUCACCAGUGUUCUUGGUGUGGUUGGGUCCGUCGUUAGAGAUGGAGUUGGUCGCAGCGACAGUAGUGGUGUCGGUGGUGGUGAUGACCGAUAUAACCGAUUUGGGUCGAGAGAUUGUAACACGAAUUUCAAGUCAUUGCCACUGAGACAGUACGACUACGAUUAUGGGGAUUCUAGGGGUGAGGGGUUUUGUCUGGGAACUACAUAA